AUGACGACAACAAUAAGUAUAAAUACUUCAGAGGAUUUGUUAAAAAGAAAAAUUAGUAUGUUUACAGGUGACGAAAUUUUACAAGGGGAACCAAACGAACCACAACACUUAACGCAAGCAGCCCCACAAAGAAAAAAACCAGGUCGAAAACCAAAUCCUGCUUCUCCUGCUUUACGUAAAGCUCAAAAUAGAGCUGCUCAAAGAGCUUUUAGAGAAAGAAAAGAACGUCACCUGAGGGAUCUUGAAAAUACGAUUCAAUCAUUGCGUGCCUUUCAAACUGAAACUGUUAACAAGUUUCACCGUGAACGUGAACAUUUACAGUCUUUGAUAACACGUUUUGAAAUAGAGAAUAAUUAUUUUAAACAAAUUGUUCUCAAUUUUGAAUGUGCUUUAAAUUCCAUUAAUGGAAAUAAUGAAGCUACCACGAAGAUUAAAAAUUCGGUUAUGCUUCCAUCGAUAAAUUUAACUUUAUCAUCACCGACCAGCAGUUCAAUCAUGCCUUCACCUGAAUCCGGUAAUUUGUCUUCACCCGUUAGUUCACCACCAACAACUCCCGAUUCAUCAUCAUCUAAUAAAUCUAAUAGACAAUAUCUUAUAGAUAAUAAUCUUUUGAUAAAUCCUCCAAUUAAUGAUAUUAAAAAUAUCAAUUUUGGGAAUUUAAAUCUUUCUCCCACGAGACAACAAAGCAUUAUAGGAAAUAUGGGACCACGUGCAUUAACAAGAGAAGAAAAACAAUUAAUAAAAUUAGCUAAUGUUAUGGGAUCUACAGAUUAUAGCGUUCCUCUUGAACCCAUAUUGAGACGUACAUUAACGCCUCAACAAAAAUAUUUCUUGACAUUACCACAUGAUCCUCGUAUAGAUUUUAUUCCUUGUUUACAUUUACGUUCAAGAAUGAUUCAAUUUCAAGGAUUUUAUGAUUUAUAUGAAAUCAUUGAUUUACUACUUACUAAAGCUAAGUGUCAUGGGGAUCCAAUUGAUCCCGAUUCAUGGGAAUGUCCGCAAGAAUUCUUUGAUCGAUAUCCAUAUUUGGCAAUUCAGCAUUGUCGUAUAAAAGCCGCUUUAUAUCAAAAAUACGGAAAAUUACCAUCAAAUUUUAGUGAAUAUCAAUUUGACGACGACGAAUAG